AUGUAUAUUUGCUCAAGAUUUUGGAGCCACCCCCACACCGUUGACGUUACGGAACAUCCGAACACCAUUUUCACCUUCCACGAAUUGGCAAGCUCUAGCGGAGUUCCACAGGGUCUUCCACAUGGACUCACCAGAGUAGCGGUAGUGAGAGCCCAUAGCCUCCUUCAAGCCAUCGGUGGCUGGUCUGGCGUUGUAGUGGGGAAUACGCGAGACAUAAUGGUGCAAAACGUGGGUUUCAAUAAUGUCGUGGAAGAAGAACCAACCAAUAAAGCCAAAGUCUCUGUCAAUGGUUGCAGCAGCGCCUCUAGCAAACGUCCAUUCGUUGCUGUCAUAGUGUGGCAGAGUCAUGUCGGUAUGUUGGAGGUAGGUGAUGAAAACCAACCAGUGGUUGGUGAAGAUGUAUGGAACCAGCCAGUUGACUGCCCAGUGGAAAGCACCAAAGCUCUUGCACCACUGGUAACAGACGAAAGUUUGGGCCAACACACCGAUGUCGGACAACACAAUGUACCAGAAGUCACGCUUCUCAAAAAUAGGAGACACUGGAUUGUAGUGAGAAACAGCAAAAGUGCUGUGUCCGGGGUAUUUUUGACCCGAAACGUUGGUGAGCAGGUACCACCACCAGCCACCAAACUGUUGCAUCAACAGACUUGUAAGAGUUUGGAUAGGAGUGUCUUCAGCCAGCUCGCUGAGCUUGACCCUGCUGUCGACCCCAUGAUCUUUCUUAAACUCCUCAACAGUCUUUGGAACAAACACCAUAUCUCUAGUCAGGUGACCAGUGGCCUUGUGGUGCUUGCCGUGACUGAACUUCCAGGAGAAGUAUGGCACGUACAAGUACGAAUGGAUGAUCCAGCCCACAGUGUCGUCCACAGCCACGUAAUCGGAAAAAGCGUGAUGUCCGCAUUCAUGACCCACAACCCAUAG